CAAACAACAAAGGGGAGAGUGCUCUUCCUUCUCUUGUGACUCUAUCAAGUACAGUAUAAUCAAUUAGCUAAGACCAAAUUGCCAGUUGAAGAUUUCUUUUCCUCAUCUUAAGAUACAAACAAGUGACCUAUAAGCAUUUGAUAGUGUUGUACCAUAAUCACAGAAACGCAAUGCAAGGUCUUCUUCGAAUGGUUAGAUCAUGUCAUGAGAAGCUCAAGGUUACAAUUCUACAGAACUCGCAGCUCAAAAGCACAAGUGAGAUGAACAAAAUAUUCGCAAGAUUUGGACGUGUCAUCUCCUUCCCCACGACGCAAAACAAGGAAGCUAAUGCCAUAAUGGUAUCACAGUCCACAAUGCAGCAAAAAGGGUUAGAGAAUACAAAAGUAUCUGAUGUAUUACUGACAAAGGAUGGAGAAGAAAGUGGUUCAUGGCUUUGUUGUCGGACAAAUGACACAGUUUUUGAUGCCAUCAAACAAAUGGCAGACAAUAACAUCGGAUCUUUGGUGGUUCUAAAGCCAGGAGAGAAUCAACUGAUAGCUGGAAUUAUAACAGAAAGAGACUAUCUGCGGAAGGUAAUUGUGCAGGAUAGAUCAUCUAAAUACACAAGAGUGGGAGAUAUUAUGACUGAGCAGAGCAAGCUCAUAACAGUCACAUCCGACACAAACAUUCUUCAAGCGAUGCAACUCAUGAGUGAACAUCACAUACGACAUGUUCCAGUGAUAGACGGAAAGGUGGUAGGCAUGAUUUCUGUUGCAGAUAUUGUCAAAGCUGUGGUGGAGCAACAAACUGGAGAAGUGAACCAACUGAAUCAAUUCAUUCGAGGGGAUUACUACUGAAAACAUAUUUAGCAAAGCUACUAAUAUCAAAGUUGCUUGUUGAUACUCUCAGCUGAUACCAAACCACUACUGUCAUUUUCUCAGUGUAUUGCUUCAUAUUACUGGGCACAAGUUUAAUAAAAAUGUGUAACAUAAAAUAUUUACUUUC